GUGCUGGUGACAUCAAAUACCGAAGCAGAUUUUUGCUGCCCAGCAGAUCUAAACCAAACUGAUGAGGCAAGAAAAAUCUUCCUCGAUUUUCACAAUGAAGUUCGCCGUGAUAUAGCAGGUGCAAGCCCGUUGCUCAACCUCACCGGAGCUGUUCAGAUGCGAAAUGUUCUCGGUCCAGCUAAGAACAUGUACAGAAUGGACUGGGACUGCAAUCUGGAAGCAAAAGCAAAGGCAAUGAUUUGGCCAUGCACUACGCCUCUGCCAAUAGACACGAGUAUUCCACAAAAUCUCGCUCAAUGGCUACUUUUCCAAAACAGUCAGGAAAAUGAAGUGUUGACGCAAACGCCCUGGUCUUGGGUAACCGCAUCACUACGAAAUCUUCAACCUAAUACAGAAGCUAACAUUUAUAACUGGCAAAUUAGACCACUAUCCAACAUUGCGAACUGGCAAAACCUAAAAGUUGGAUGUGCUCACAAAGUGUGCAAAUUUCCCACCGGGACAAAUAUGGUUGUGUCUUGCGCUUAUGGCGGCGAAGUACUCCAAGAUAACGAAGUUGUAUGGGACAAGGGACCAACUUGCAUGUGCAAUGCUUAUCCCAACUCGUUCUGCUGCAACAAUCUGUGUGACACAAUAGCUGCUGCGACACUUCGCAACCAGCCUUGCAAAUCGACUUGA